GCGGACAUGGCGGUGGAAUCCUGAGCUCGUCGUCUCCCGGCCUCCAGCGGCGGCGACGGCGACGGCGACGGCGGCGGCGGCGGCGGCGGCAGCGGGAGGCGGAGGGGGAGCCGGAGCCAUUGAGAUGAGGAGGCGCCGCGCGCGCCUGUAGCUAGCAGGCCUCGCAGUUUGCUUGCCUAAACUGGAUUUGAAGCAGUUCAAACUACUGGAGAUCUGCCAUUUAACAGUAACACAAUCGAAAAGAAGCAGGUUUUCAAAUAAUGGAAGAGUCUAAGACCUCUAAAAAUGAAAAUCAUGAACCAAAGAAGAAUGCUUGUGUUCUUUCUGAAGAAAGCAAAACAGUUAAAGUUAUAACUAAUCAAACUUUGAAACCCAGAAAUGAUAAAUCCAUAAAAGAAAUUGGGACUAGCUCUCCAAAUAGGAAUAGUAAUAAAAAAAAUAAGCAAAAUGAUAUUUGUAUAGAAAAAACAGAAGUUAAAUCAUGUAAAGUAAAUGCUGCCAAUGUUCCAGGCCCUAAAGAUUUGGGGUUAGUCCUUCGAGAUCAAAGUUACUGCAAAACAAAAAAGUCACCUAAUUCCCCGGUGAGAGCAGAAAAAGUACCUGUUUCACAGAUAAAAGUAGAAAAGGCAUCCAGUUUACAGGCAAAAGCAGAAAAAUCACCAAAGUCAACUAAUUCACCAGUGAAAACAGAAAAGGCACCCAGUUCACCGGCGAUGGUAGCAGAAAAGGUACUUAGUUCACAGAAGAAAUCAGAAAAAGCACCCAUUUCGCAGAUGAAGUCAGAAAAAGUUCCCAGUUCAGCAGCAGAAGCAGAGAAGGUGCCCAGUUUACGGUUGAAAGAAAACAUGAGACAGACAGAAUUACAUCACAUUGGAAAAAAAAAUUCAAGUUCCUUUAGUUCUGUGGAUAAAGUGAAUAUUGAUGUUACAGAGGGAGAAAAAUCUGCUCUGGAAAACUCUCCAGGACCUCAGAAGCAACAAACAUGUACAGAUAAUACUGGUGAUUCUGAUGAUAGCGCUUCAGGAGUUGAAGACACUUCGGAUGAUUUGAGUAAAAUGAAGAAUGAUGACUCUAAUAAAGAAAAUUCUUCAGAGAUGGACUAUUUAGAAAAUGCCACUGUGAUAGAUGAAUCUACAUUGACACCUGAGCAGAGGCUAGGCUUGAAACAAGCAGAAGAACGCUUAGAAAGAGAUCACAUCUUUCGACUUGAAAAACGCUCACCAGAAUAUACCAAUUGCCGGUAUCUAUGCAAACUUUGCUUAAUUCACAUUGAAAAUAUCCAGGGAGCUCAUAAACAUAUAAAAGAGAAACGACAUAAGAAAAACAUUUUGGAAAAACAGGAAGAAAGUGAGCUUCGUUCUCUGCCACCUCCUUCCCUUGCCCACUUGGCUGCUUUAAGUGUUGCAGUGGUUCAAUUAGCAAAAGAACAAGGAAUAACAGAUGAUGAUCUCAGAGUCCGUCAGGAAAUUGUGGAGGAAAUGUCAAAGGUUAUAACAACAUUUUUACCAGAGUGUUCACUUAGGUUGUAUGGCUCGUCUCUGACCAAGUUUGCUCUGAAAAGUAGUGAUGUUAACAUAGAUAUAAAAUUUCCUCCCAAGAUGAAUCAUCCAGAUCUUCUGAUAAAAGUACUUGGGAUUUUAAAAAAAAGUGUGUUAUAUGUAGAUGUGGAAUCUGAUUUUCAUGCUAAAGUUCCUGUUGUGGUGUGCAAAGAUCGGAAAAGUGGUUUACUUUGUAGAGUGAGUGCAGGAAAUGAUAUGGCAUGCCUCACUACUGAUUUACUUGCUGCUCUUGGCAAAAUGGAACCUGUCUUUAUUCCCUUGGUGUUAGCCUUUCGCUAUUGGGCUAAGUUGUGCUAUAUUGACUCCCAAACUGAUGGUGGAAUUCCUUCUUACUGUUUUGCUUUAAUGGUGAUGUUUUUUCUACAACAAAGAAAACCCCCUCUUCUUCCUUGUUUACUUGGAAGUUGGAUUGAAGGCUUUGACCCAAAAAGAAUGGAUGACUUUCAGCUGAAGGGCAUAGUAGAAGAAAAGUUUGUGAAGUGGGAAUAUAAUGCAAGUAGUGGAACUGAAAAAAACUCAAUUGCUGAGGAAAACAAAGCUAAGGCAGACCAACCAAAAGAUGAUACCAAGAAGAGAGAAACAGACAACCAAAGUAAUGCCAUGAAGGAAAAGCAUGGCAAAUCUCCUUUAACAUUGGAAACACCACAUCAGGUACCCCUGGGACAAUUAUGGUUAGAGCUGCUAAAAUUUUACACACUGGAUUUUGCUUUGGAGGAAUAUGUAAUAUGUGUACGGAUAAAAGAUAUUUUAACAAGAGAAAACAAAAACUGGCCCAAAAGGCGAAUAGCCAUUGAAGAUCCAUUUUCAGUCAAGAGGAAUGUUGCACGGAGCUUAAACAGCCAGCUUGUUUAUGAAUAUGUUGUGGAGAGAUUCAGGGCAGCUUAUCGAUAUUUUGCCUGUCCUCAGAGGAAGGGUGCAAAUAAAUCUACAGUGGAUUCCAUGAAAAAAGAGAAGGGGAAAAUAAGUAAUAAGAAGCCUUUGAAGUCUGACAAUGUGGCAUCCAGUUGUUGCAUUCAACUUGAGGGAAGCACAGAAAAAAUAAAUGCAGAAAGAGGUCAUCCUGAUAGAUGUAAUGAAAUGGAAUGUACAUCACAGAGAUGUAUUACUGAAGAUGACAAUUUGUUGGUAAAUGAACCGGUUUUGGCUGAACAUGGACUGGAAUCUUCAUCUCUUUCUACCAGUGAAGGAAGUGAAUUAGAGCCAAAAUCGAUUAAGAAGCAGGAUGAUUUAACGCCUUCAGAGACUUGUUUUAAAAAGGAGCUCAGCCAAUGUAAUUGCAUUGAUUAUAAGUCCCCUGACCCAAAUGAGUCUGAUGGUACAGACUGCAGGUCAAAUUUAGAAACAGAGAGGUCACGUCAGAUUGCGUGCACCGACAUACCUGCUACCUCUUGCAACUGCAAAGCUACAGAAGAUGCUUCUGACCUUAAUGUUGAUGAUAAACACCCCAUCCAGGAAUUAUAUUAUGUGUUUGAUAAGUUUAUUUUAACCUCUGGCAAGCCACCAACAAUAGUAUGCAGCAUCUGCAAAAAGGAUGGCCAUUCCAAAAAUGAUUGCCCAGAGGAUUUCAGGAAAAUUGAUCUAAAACCUCUACCACCGAUGACAAAUCGAUUUCGGGAAAUACUUGAUUUAGUAUGUAAGAGAUGUUUUGAUGAGCUAUCACCGCCUUUCUCUGAACAACACAACAGGGAGCAAAUUUUAAUUAGCUUGGAAAAGUUUAUUCAAAAAGAAUAUGAUGAAAAGGCAAGAUUGUGCUUAUUUGGCUCUUCUAAGAAUGGAUUUGGAUUUCGUGAUAGUGAUCUGGAUAUUUGUAUGACCCUGGAAGGCCACGAAAAUGCAGAGAAAUUAAAUUGUAAGGAAAUAAUUGAAAAUUUGGCAAAAAUUCUUAAGAGACAUCCAGGUUUAAGAAACAUUUUACCUAUAACUACUGCCAAAGUGCCUAUAGUAAAAUUUGAACACAGACGAAGUGGUUUAGAAGGUGAUAUCAGUUUGUAUAAUACAUUGGCUCAACAUAACACAAGAAUGCUAGCUACUUAUGCAGCUAUUGAUCCUAGAGUGCAGUACUUGGGAUAUACUAUGAAAGUGUUUGCUAAGAGAUGUGACAUUGGUGAUGCUUCCAGGGGAAGUUUAUCUUCAUAUGCUUAUAUCCUUAUGGUGCUGUACUUUUUGCAGCAGAGAAAACCACCUGUUAUCCCAGUUCUACAAGAGAAAAAGCGUUUACCUUCACUUGGAAAGAACACCGAAACAUUAGGAGAGCUUUGGUUGGGACUGCUUCGCUUCUAUACUGAAGAGUUUGAUUUCAAGGAAUAUGUAAUUAGCAUUCGGCAGAAAAAACUGUUGACAACUUUUGAGAAGCAGUGGACAUCCAAAUGCAUUGCAAUUGAAGACCCUUUUGACUUGAAUCAUAACCUUGGUGCUGGAGUUUCUAGAAAAAUGACCAAUUUCAUCAUGAAGGCAUUUAUCAAUGGAAGGAAACUUUUUGGUACUCCCUUUUAUCCACUCAUUGGCAGAGAAGCUGAGUACUUCUUUGAUUCCAGAGUAUUAACAGAUGGAGAACUGGCUCCCAAUGAUCGAUGUUGCCGUGUGUGUGGAAAAAUAGGCCACUACAUGAAAGACUGCCCUAAAAGGAGAAGCAGUUUACUGUUUAGACUAAAGAAGAAAGACAGUGAAGAAGAGAAGGAAGGGAAUGAAGAGGAAAAAGACUCCAGAGACCUUCUUGACCCCCGAGACCUCCACGAUACUCGAGACUUUAGAGACCCCAGAGACCUCAGAUGUUUUAUAUGUGGAGAUGCAGGACAUGUACGAAGGGAGUGCCCAGAAGUCAAGCUGGCCCGUCAGAGGAAUAGCAGUGUGGCAGCAGCCCAGCUAGUCCGCAACCUUGUAAAUGCCCAACAAGUGGCUGGUUCGUCCCAGCAACAGGGUGAUCAGUCCAUAAGGACUAGACAGUCUUCAGAAUGUUCCGAUUCACCAUCUUAUUCUCCUCAGCCCCAGCCAUUUCCACAGAAUUCUUCCCAAUCAACUGCCAUUACCCAGCCUCCAUCCCAGCCAGGAUCCCAACCCAAGCUUGGCCCACCUCAGCAGGGAGCCCAGCCCCCCCAUCAGGUCCAGAUGCCUAUGUAUAACUUUCCCCAGUCACCAACCGCUCAGUAUUCUCCCAUGCACAAUAUGGGAUUGUUGCCAAUGCACCCCCUUCAGAUCCCUGCCCCAUCCUGGCCUAUCCAUGGCCCAGUGAUCCACUCUGCACCAGGCAGUGCCCCCAGCAAUAUUGGCCUGAAUGAUCCCAGCAUCAUCUUUGCGCAGCCUGCUGCCAGACCUGUGGCGAUCCCUAGUUCCUCUCAUGAUGGACACUGGCCUCGUACUGUGGCUCCAAAUUCCCUGGUGAACAACGGUACAGUGGGGAAUUCGGAGCCAGGCUUUCCAGGACUGAAUCCUCCAAUUCCUUGGGAACAUGCACCUCGUCCCCAUUUUCCGCUUCUCCCAGCUUCGUGGCCUUAUGGUUUGCAUCAAAACUUCAUGCAUCAGGGAAAUCCCAGAUUUCAGCCCAACAAACCUUUCUAUACUCAAGACAGAUGUGCCACCCGUCGGUGUAGAGAGCGUUGUCCCCACCCACCAAGAGGAAACGUGUCGGAGUAAUGCGAGUCCAUUUUCUUUCAGCUGGUCUACCGAUGUACAGCAACCAGCCAAUCCUGCUGUCUCAAGGGUAUCCGUACCUCAAUGUCAGUUACAUUCAGCAGAAAAAGUGAAUUU